AUGGAUGAAGCCGAUAUCUUUUGGCCUAUGAUCAGCACUUUCUUGGGUUCGAAAGGUUCCAGGGGAGCUUCCGCCGAGCCCCUCAUCUUUUCGGACAAUCAUUCUUCCCUCAACUUCACCAUUUAUCCAAUUAGAGCAUUGGUGACGAUCAAUGAAGCCUUAUUCAAAUCGGUUUGUCAAGAUGAGUACAAAUGGAAAGCCGGCGAUUGGACAUAG